AUGAAAUUUGAACCUUAGGUAGAGGAUACUAAUGAGAUAACUGCUGCGGCUUUAGCAGUACCUGAAACGUUACUUGAUUAGCUUACGGAAGAGAUUGUUUAACAUGCUAAACAGCUCUAGAUGUCGCAUAAAACACAUGUUUAAUAAUUUUUUUCAGGGUAGCAUUUAUAAGAUGAAGAAGGUUCUAUAGAUUAACAAAUCUUCAAAUCUUGUAAAAAGUAUUACCCAGCUUAACAAUCUAAACAAAGCAAUGGCUAUGCAGGAUUAACAUUUACACAAUCACUGAAGGAAAAUUCUCUACUAUUUAAAAUAUCAUAAGUGGAUAAUUCUAUAUUUGGAUUUUUCAUAGAUUGA